GGAAAUUUAUAAAUGUUCAUAAAUCGGAACCGGAAGUUGUUUAAAUCCAUCGCAACUUGUGAAUCCGUAAUAAACAAUGCGAAAGCAAAGCCACAUGUUAUUCCAUAAAUCUGGAUGACUCCAAAUUAAAUGAUUGUAAUAGCAAUUAUUUAAUUCAUAAACAAACGAUGAAGUUCAUUACCGAUUCUGUGAGUCGUUGUGCAAGACUGGGAAGUCUCUCGGAGUUGGAAAAAUUUCCAGAGGCUAUUUUCGAGACACCUCUGCUCGUGCUGUAUACAAGGAGAGGGAGUGUACCGCACCUGACGAAAGAUGUCUUUAAAAUGUUGACAGACGAGCAGCACAUGUUGUCUGUUAGUUUACCAACGACAUUAACAAUGGUUGAAGCUGUUAAACAAUCUGACUCGUUCAGUGAGUUCGUUGGUAUGAAAGAAUACCCGACAAUAUUGACAAUUCAGGACUCCUCCGAGGUGUCUCCUCAUGGACACCAGAAACAUAUUACAACAGCGAUCUGGACGAAGCAUGGACAUCACCCCGUAUCUCCAGACAUUUACAUGGAUAUUGUAGAGGCAUUCAAACCUGAUAUCUACGUAGGCCUAUGCGAUGGGGAUAGCAACGAGAAAACGAAUGAGAAAAAAAUAAUGAAAGUCGUAGACAGGAGUAAACGACAGUUCGAAAAAUGUCUGGAGAGACACAAGAGUUCAGAAAUUCUGAAGAAGACUUGCCUCCUGGGGGCAGUUGAGGGAGGAUAUGAUUUGAGGGCUCGUGAAGUAUCGGCUAAUUUUCUGAGGGAGAAAAAUCUUGAGGGGUACGUCAUCGACGGGCUUCACGUCAAUGGACCCGAAGUCCAGAACAUUUCGUUUGAGACAAUCAAGGAAGUUGUGCAACACACAUUGGCUUUACUCCCCCCUGAGAAAUUGAAGGUGUCCAUGGGCUCCUGGAGUCCCCAUGUGAUUCUGGAGCUCAUCGAUUCUGGAGUGGAUGUUUUCGAUUCGUCAUACCCUUACGUGAUGACUGAAAAUUUCAAGGCACUCACAUUCAUGUGUGACUCGCACAACCAUGGAGACGAUUACAAAACUGAAUUGGCCAUUUCCGUGGCAGAUAAAUGCUACGUGGAUGAUUUCUCCCCUAUAUGCAACGAGUGCCAGUGCUUGACCUGUCGAAAUCACUCCAGGGCGUACCUCAAUCAUCUCCACAAUACCAAAGAACUUCUCUGCUCUGUUCUCCUUAUGAUCCACAACACACACGUAUAUCUGGAGUUCUUCAAGGCGAUUCGAGAGAAUAUAAAAAACGGGAAGUUUAAAGAAUUCAAACACCGGUUUUUAAACCAAUUCUCGUGACAUUGGAAAAUAUUUUUGAGCUGAAUAAAUCAUCGAUACAUUGA